AAAGAGCUCUGGGAAACCCUGAAAGAGUUAGGUUUAUUAGCAUUCAGUACUGAGUAGGGAUUCAUCCUCUUCCCCAAUUCCAAAGUGUAAAAGACAAAAGAACUUCUACCCCCAAUGUAAGUAGUUACAUAUAUUUUGUUAAUUUUUUGUAACAAUUUUACUGCUGCACUCCAUUCUCCCCUUUCUCCUGAAUGCCAUCAUCCCCACGUCCCAAAUUUUCAAUCCACACACACACCACCUAUUUCCCGCGUAUCUUGCGGUAAUGCUGAUGCACGUUCCACAAUGUCACCUCUAAUUUGUGCUCCUUUCCCGUAUGUUUGUGCGCGUGCGUGAUGGAGAAGACUCUGGAAGCUCUGAGCGAGCGGACUAGUGUAACUGAGAAAAUGGUGGAUUUUCUGCAAACAAAAUGUUCAGAAAUUGAGUCGAGGAAGCGGAAAUUGGAUGCAGCUUGGGGUGAGGUCGAUUUUCUGAGAGAUUCGCUGGUCAAACGGGAGUGGGAUUUGGAGGAGAAAGAGAGGAGAUUCUUCUUGUUCGAAGAGAGGAGAAAGAGGGAACUCGCGUCUGAGAAAGAGGAACUGAGGUUGGAGCGUGUUAGGUUAUACGACGAAAUUAGGAUGGGAGAGGAGGAACUGAACCAUCGUCUCGCAGCGGUGAAUGAGCGUGAUGACUGGCUUGAGAUGGCGGAGGCUGAAGUGCGAGAAAUUAGGGGGCGGCAGAGAGAGUGGUCGCAGAAGAUUGAGGCUGAGGGAGAGAGCUUGAAUGCUCGGAUAAGCGCGGUGGAGGAGAAGGAGCUCAAGUUUAAGUUGUUCCAAGAGGGGAAAAUGAGAGAAAUUGCUUUGAAACAAGAGAGUUUGGACAAGAAGUGGAAAGAGUUUGGUGAGCAGGCUAGGUUGGCUGAUGACAAGUUCAGGGACCAAGAACUGUUGAAGCAUCGCUUCAUCGAGAGGAUAGAGAUGGCAGAAAAUAAGCUUGAUCACGUGAGGUUGAAGAUGGAUAAGAGGUUUGAGGAGAUUGAGUGUAGGGACAAUGCAGGUUGGGAAUCGUUGGCGUUGAGUGUAAAAGAAGCUGAUUUGAUUAGGGAAUCCGUGGAGAAAAAGUUGGAGGAGUUGGAGAAGAUGCAAACUGAAUUCAUUACAUUCCAAGAGGAGAAAAGUAGAGAGUUGGCUUCAAAAGAGCAGCAACUGGAUGCGAUGAGUGAAAAGCUUGUCAAGGAUAUCGAGUUGAUGAAUCAAGAACUAAUAGAACGAGAGAAUUUGGGGCACCGGCUUUUGGAAAGGUUACAGUUGGCUAUGGAUAAUGUGGAGGGGCUGAAGAGAAGUGUUGAAAAGAGGUUUUAUGAAGUUGGUGAGAAAAUGAGGGAGGUGGCUUCAAAAGAGCAGCUACUGGAUUCGAGGAGUAAAAUGGUCUUUACGGAAGCCAUGUUAAGGAAUGAAGAAUUGAUGGAACGAGAGAAGUUGGGGCGCCAGCUUCUUGAAAGGUUAUGUUUGGCAAAGGAUAUUGUGGAGGGAUUGAAGGCCCUGGCUCAUGAGAAAUUUAUAGAGGUUGGCUUGAAGGAAACUGAAUUGGAUUCAAUUCGUGAUUGGGUUGAGAAGAAAAUGGAUGAGGCUGACUCGAAAGCAAGAGAAUCUGAGGAACAAGAACAGAGAAUCGCUGAAAAGGAAGAGUGUCUGAUUUCUAAGGAAAAAGAACUUGAAGAUAGAGAGAAAGCAAGGUCGGAGAGGCUAGAUUCAAGAGAGAAGAAUCUAAAUUCUGUGAGAGAAUUUACGCGUAAUUGCUUUAAGGAACAUCUUGCCAAAAAAAGGGAGUUACGAACUGAGAAAGAAUUGGUUGAGAAACGUGAUAUAGAUCUUGGUGUAAGAGAGCAACGUCUCAACCAUGCAGAAAAGGAACUUGAAUUCAAGGAAAAACAGAUGAGGGAUACUUUCAAACUGCUUGAAUUAAGACAACGGCAUUCAACUAAUGUCUUCAAUGCCCCUGUUGAGAUCAAACCAGAUGAGUCCGCGGACUUGAAGUUUAUUGUGAGAAUGGAUGGUAAAACCUUGCAGAUGUUCCUAAAUGAUCCUGAAAAGGACAUGGAAUCAAUGAGGGAUGAAAUCUUCAAAGUUCUUCACCUAUCCUCUGAUCCUGCAAAGUUGGUUCUAGAUGCGAUGGCGGGGUUCUACCCUCCCCAUCUGAGGGAAGAAGACGUGGAGUUCAACGUUAGGAGGACCUGUAUAAUUCUGUUGGAGCAGCUGGUUAAAAUGUCUCCAAAUAUCAAACCUCGUGUGAGGGAAGAGGCAAUGGAACUUGCUACUUCAUGGAAGUCUAGAUUGAGAGCUGCUGCUCAAAAUGCAAAAUCAUUGGAGGUGAUAGGAUUCUUGUUCCUAUUGUCAGCAUUUGGGCUAGCCUCCUAUUUUGACAAAGAUGAUGUUUCUAGUUUCCUGAUGGUGGUAGAUCAGUAUAGAGAAGCACUUGGUUUGCAGUGAGCACUACAACUACAGGCUAGUUUUUGAGCUUAUAAUCUUUCCCCUUUUCUUGUAAUGCCAAUGUAGUUGUGCUUGCUUUCUUUUGGAAGGCUUUCAUCUAUCAUUUCCCCUUGUGACAAAAUUAAGCCUGUGAAAAUUAGUAGUAUGUAAUUAUCUUUGUUUCUUAUUAAUCUCUCUUGCUAGUGAGCUCUAGUUGA